GCACGGAAAAACGAUUUCGCGUUAGUGGGACAGAGCGCUGGCUCGGCUCAGGGUUCGGGCUCGCCCUCGGAUUUAGCCAGCCUGACUGAGCGACGCCUCGGCUUUGCUCGAUGUCCGAGGACGCGACCAGGAGCCAGAAGUUCGAGGAAAGAGUGACGGAUCCGCGGAUACUUUGCCCUGAGAGGGACUCGUGGCCACUGACGCUUUCCCCUUCGUCAUCUCCAGUUUCGGGUGUCAAUUGGUUAGCGGCGUAAAAGGGAAAUUCUUGCGACGCUGGUGUCGGCGUGGCCGCCCGUUUUGAAUCUGCCGAGCGAUCAGAUCGAUUGACAAAGCGGCCUCUUAUUCAUACCUUAGAGAUACAUAUAUCGGCACUGCCAACACACGCUAGGCCUCUGUUGCAGGUGGUCGCGCCGCUCUGCUCGUAGACCGAAGCGCACCUGUCCCCUGAGCCCCGAUAGCUCCUUGAGAUAAUGUCGGAUCCGAGCGUGCGCAGCCGUAGCGAGAGCACAGAGGGCACCCCACCCCUUCACGAGGCCGGCGAACAAGGCGACCACCGCCCGCCUCGGAAGCGCCAGAGGGUUCGCCUGUCGUGCCUAGAGUGUAGGCGGAGGAAGUUGUCGUGCGACCGCGAGUUCCCGUGCUCGCGCUGUCUCCAGUCUGGCACCCCAGAGCGCUGCGAGUUUGAGACACGCCCGGGCUUGGCCCCCCCGAACAAGCUCGGCCUCUCUCAGGCUGCUCUUGCAGGCUUCGACUCCCGCCUGUCUCUGCCCAUCACCGGUGGAGACUCGUCUCAAUAUUACCGGAAGGACUCUCGCGAUGCUGACAGAAUCCGCCGCCUCGAGCUCGAGGUUGCUCAUCUCAAGAGCAUCAUCCCAAAACAGGCCUCGCUAGAUGACGGGAGCACAGCCAUAGAUCGCACCCCCCCUGACCCCAAGAAUGGUGCGGAUGCCGAUUUCGGGCAAUCCCCGGCCGAUCUUCCUUACCAGGACCUCUGUCUCGAGAAGUCCGAGAUGCGCUUCGUCCGGGGCAAAGAGUGGAAGUCGAGAUACUUAGGCCCCCAUAGCGCCUAUCUGGCCUUUCAAGAGCUCACGGGGUUGUCUCCGUUUAUGAAGGAGACCUCUGCCGAAUGGCUUCGGCCCCUUCAUGUCCAUCACAGCAUCAGCCAGAGCAACCACUACAAGGAUCGCCAAAGAGACGCGCAGGUGCGAGAGAAGAAGUUCCUCGAACCUGACUUGGCCCUCGAGAGACACCUUCCGUCCAAGCAGGAAACCGACAGUCUUGUGUCAAUCUACCUGGACCAGUUUGAGCAGAUUCACCGCAUCGUUCACAUCCCCUCAUUCCGCCGAGACUAUGCCGGGUUUUGGGAUCCCACGAAACCCAGAAGCGCGGCCUUCACGGCACUUGUCUUGGCCAUGAUGGGAGUCUCCAGCUGCCUGGACGAGCAUUUACCGCAGAGGUUUGAGCGGCUGGUAUCGAGCUCGCACAUGCGUGCCGUCAAGUGGAUAGAGGCAGUGAGCGAAUGGCAAGACCGCCAGAGCCAGAAACACCGUCGCAUGAUACACUACCAGAUUGCCCUGGUGCUUUACCUCGGCAAGAGAGUCAACACUGUCAAGAAGAAGCGUUACUGGAAAGGCGCUGGCGCUCUGUCUCAGGACGCCGUCUCAGUUGGCCUGCAUCGGGAACCUGGUCACGUCACCCGCGGCCUCUCCCCCUUCGACCAGGAGAUGAGAAGGAGAAUCUGGGCCACCAUACAGAGCUUUGAUCUCCAGGCGUCAUUCGACCACGGGCUGCCGACUCUGAUGAGCUCUCUGUAUUCGGAUAUAUACCCUCCGAGGAAUAUCGACGACAGUGAGUUUGACGAGGACUCGGAGGAGCUGCCGCCUUCUAAGCCGCCAGGUGAAUACACGUUUUCGUCAUAUCAGCACUUGAGCCGCCGGUGCCUUGCUCUGCGCUUGGAGCUGAGCAGGUUUCUGACUGGGCCCAACGAGCACAUGGAUUACGACAGCGUGAUCCGCCUCACGAACGAGAUCACGCAGGAGAUUGAUAUGUUACCAUCCUGGGACGUCAGCGGGUCCGACAGCGCACGGGAGGGAGUGCCCAAGAAGCCAUUGCUGGCCUACACGCUGCUCCACAUCCAGCUAAGGCAGUACAUCAUUCCGCUGCACCAGCCGUUUCUCAAGCUCCGGAAGAACAACUCAAAGUACCUGUACUCGGAGAUUGUCUACUACAAUGCCGCCCGGGACAUGGUGCUUCUCGACGACAAGCUGGCGGAGCUGGGGAUCCGGACGCUGAACUUUAUGCGCGAGGACAACCUGACACUGGCCAUCAACCUGUGCAGCGUCACGAUGCUGCAACCACGGGGAUCGACGAACAUGAUCAUGAUCAACUCACAGCACACGCUCGAGCUCAUGGAGAAGUGUCUGGCCAUGAAGGAAGACCGCAUCCUGCGGUGCGGAAACAAUGAGCCUUGGUCUUACUCCAUCAUGUGUGCGGCACUCGGGCUGCUGCAGGCGCACCUAGGCAUCAAAACGCCGGAGAAGGCCAAGGCGGCCUCAGCAGACCGCUUCGUCAAUCUGAACUACAAGCUGCUGGCCGGCCAGGAACCCCCGGUGUUGAGCGAAUCCGUCAACGAGCCGGGCGUGCCCGCGCCCCCGCCGCAAUCGUCGGCCGAGGUGCUUGACAGGUCCAAGUCGGCGACGCCUUUCCAAUUCCUGGGACAGAUCCCGCCUCCCAGCAGCGGGGGGUCUGUGCCUGCAGCUGUCGAGGUUCCAGGGACACCUUGGUGGUUUCCCAACCCUUUUGACCCAUCAGUUGCCCCACAGAUGCAGCCAAACCUCAUAUUCAACAACCCGGACUUUAACCUCGAAGCUAUGGGCCUGAACUUUGAUGCCCUCUGGGGGGGCAAUGACUGGGAAUGGGAGCAGGCCUGAUCCGUGACGGCAGCAGCUUGUCGACAAGAAUCUUGCUCCGUUGGUAACGAGAGUUGGAUGCGAUCAGCUCGCUUUUGCUGCAAUCAUCUAGUUGACUAUUAGGGUGAUUCAGGGGGAAAGGGGUGUAUUCUGACUUGUGCGUAGUGCAAUCAGUAUCCAAAAGGUAGAUGAGGUGCAUUUGAGAGGGAGGAGGCUGGAUUUUGCGAGGAGUUGUGCUUGUGUAGUUGUAUACCCAUAUCGUCGCUCAGUUAUUGCGAGGCCAGCAGACGAACACUCCGUCUGUGGAAGCACGCACGGUCUGAUACCAGCCGAUUAGUCAGUCAAUCACAACACUUCUGGAUUUUCAGA